CGCCCGGGGCCGCCCCGCGCCGCUCCUCGCCCGGCCGUGCGGGGCUGCCCGCCCCAGCGGCCCAGGAUGCAGUUCCGCCUCUUCUCCUUUGCCUUGAUCGUCCUCAACUGCAUGGAGUACGGCCACUGCCAAGCCGCCCGCUGGAGACGCGGCAAGAGAGCUAGCUAUGGACCAAAUCCAAUUUGCAAAGGCUGUUUAUCUUGUUCAAAGGAUAAUGGGUGCAUCAGAUGCCAACAUAAGUUAUUCUUCUUCCUACGAAGAGAAGGAAUGAGGCAAUAUGGUGAAUGCUUACAUUCCUGCCCAUCAGGGUACUAUGGACUCCGAACGCCAGAUAUGAACAGAUGUUCAAGAUGCAGAAUAGAAAACUGCGACUCCUGCUUUAGCAGAGACUUUUGUACCAAGUGCAAAACUGGCUUCUACUCGCACCGAGGCCGCUGCUUCAGAGGAUGCCCUCCGGGCUUUGCCGCCUUGGAAGAGAUUAUGGAGUGUGUGGAAGGCUGUGAAGUGGGUCAGUGGAGUGAGUGGGGAACUUGCAGCAGAAAUAAUAAAACAUGUGGAUUUAAGUGGGGCCUGGAAACAAGAACAAGACACAUUGUGAAGAAGCCAGCGAAAGACACAGUACAGUGCCCAACCAUUGCAGAGUCCAGACGGUGUAAAAUGGCCAUAAGGCAUUGUCCAGGAGGAAGAAGGACAGCAAAAACAAAGGACAAGAAAAAGAAGAAAAAGAAUUUGAUGGAAAGGGCUCAGAAGCAGCACAGCAUCUUUCUAGCUACAGAUAAAACAAGCCAGUAAAGACUUGAUUUUUUUUAAUAUAUAUUUUGCAAAGUGCACAAAAGCUGCUAUAUGCUCCUGCCCAUGGAUGCACUACGAUUCAGCUGCUUUGACAGUAUUGGUGGCAAAUAACUUGUGAAAAAAGCCCACAAGUUUGUUUGUUUUAUUUAUAUAUUUUUUAUUUUAUUUUUCCCUCUUAUUUUUGACCUGAAGACUUCAAAGUCAGGAGUGCACUGAGUUGAAUCAGUGGAAGUGGUGCUGAAGUGUGUCAAAGAUUUCGUGUGAGUGCCUAGCCAACACGUUGGCACGGAGUGGAAGCAGGAAGGAAAUCUACAGUCACCAUUAGGCGGACUUAUGCAUAUUUAAAUAACAAAGCAGAAGUCUUGGAGGUGUAGGUACUAUUGCAUUUAUGGCCUUUGUUUCCUAUAUUUGUACAUUUCAAGAGUAAAUGGAUAUGACUUACCUACUUAGCGCUAACGUGCAUUGUUCUCAGCACCCGUUACAUUGAAACAGCUGUAUAAUAAAACUGCUUUAAGACAAUAUACCACAGGAGUUACUGCUUAGAGUUCCAGAAGCACAACAGGCCCUAUGUGUACAUAUUACUCUGUAUACAUAUAAAUAAACAUAUUUACUGUACAUCUAUGCAUUUUUAUGUAUAAUACAUUAUACAUGUUUAAAUUAAAGUUAUGUCCUGUACCAACAGGACAUAACUUCUAGUAAUAUACUUUAAUAUAAUCCAGUAAAUGUUUACUUUUUAUUAUGUUUUAAAUAUCUUUUCAUAUUUCUCGAUACUUACAAACCAGAUUUUUUCUCAUUUGUAAAGCACAUUUGGAUGGCUACACUACCUUGUAGUGACCCUCACGGUGGAGCGUCAGCUCAGAAGUAUACUUUCCCAACUCGUAAACUCAAGUCUUUUCCGCUAUUCUGCUAUCUCAGCCCCAAUCUCAGCCCCUACACUUCUCACAAAAAGAAGUGCAGCUUUUCUAAGAUGAGGCAUGAUGAUGAUAGAUAUUUUGAGUGUCAGGAAGAAAAUAAUAUGGAAAGCUCUUGGUAUCUAAGAUUAUACAUGUAGCUUUUCAAAUAUAAUGCACAGUAUUUUAUUUCUGUUAGCCCUGAUUCAGUCAGAUGCAGCAAUUGAGUACCUAAAUAAGGGAGAAAUACAAGAAGAAUCUGUGUAAAUUCAGAAGUAUAGCAAACACCAGUCCCAGUUCCCAGUGUUGCCAGUUAUUUAUAGAAAUUCAGCAUAUCUAAUCUGCAUCUGUUCAUUUUUGCAUUUUCUUUGUAGGGAAGUAAAAAUGGCUCAGGAUGUGUAAACUAGUAGUCUUGCAUUAUUGGGCUUGUAUUCAAGGAGAUUUUUGAAGGUCUGCCUGUAAAAGUCCACAUGAAAAUGGCGUAAUUUCUACCGCCACUUAUAGAAGUUCUUCCAGUUCUAGGACUAAAACUAUAAUUGCAUUGUUACCUUCACAAACCAAGGAGAAGGUAAAACAGACCCCUAAAAAUCUUUUUGUCAUAGACUUUAGAAAAAUCCCACAAAUCUCACAAUUUUAGCUUUAAUGAGUUUUAUGCUUUAUAAAUAAACUAGGGAAAUAAAGCAUCUAUAAGCACAAAUAUAUCCAUACGUAGCUAGGAGGAAUGUUGCUACAAAAAAGUGCAGUAGUUAGUCAUAUAUGAAUGUUGUAUGAAACUGCUUGUGGACUUCCACUUAACCAUGAAGUUUUCACCUUCUCUCAUUUACAGUAUGUUCAUAUUUACCUAGAGCAUAAUAUUGUUAAGGACAGAAAGAUUGUUUUGAUCCUGGGCUGCUGUUCUGGACUUUAAAUGGUUUACUUUAAAAAUAAGGACAGUAAGAACUGUGGCUGCCUGUUUGCUUACUGUCUGUCUGGUUAUCAAAUUUGGCUGCAAGUGCAGUGAAUAUCCACAUAAAAUCCUUCUAGUAGUGGUCACAAAUAUUGUAUUAGGCAUGUCAUAAAAAGAAUGCUACAAAAUACAAUAAAAUGUUGUCGCAA